ACGACUAUAAUGAGACUAGGCGCUAGCGCUUCGUAUAUAUACAAUGAGUGCCAGAGGCAGAGCUGGAAGUGCUGAUGUCCGCAAGGCCUGAAAGGCGGCGCUAGAGAGCGACUUGAUUUAUUAUGGUGAUGGAAAUCCUGAUGUUAAUUGUCCGACAAUAAUUAAAGAAGAAUGGAGGGUGCUGAAUCCAAUACAAAAAAGAGAGUCCUUCCACUGUGGAUGACUGAAGAUAAAGCAAAGAAUCUGCGUUCACCACCUAAGAAACCAAAGAAGAAGGAAAUUUUUCCCAGGAAGCGUACAGUGUAUUGCAUGAGUGAAAUGGAGCUGGUGGAAUAUGCUUUACAAAUUCUUCAUGAGAGUCGCGGACAGAAACGUAAUGAUGUCACGAUUAUACCCGAGACCUCUGAGGAGAGUGAAAGUGAAAUGGAGCCAAACACCCUCCCAUCCAAAGCAACCUGUAGCCACGUAAUAUCUACAUCGCCUUCCAAAGACCUAGAAAACAAUCAGUUGGCACCACAAACUAAUUAUGACAGUGAUGAUGACCCAUUAAAAUUUGUGAGGGAGAUUUUUUUCAGCUAAUGCUAAAUACAAAGGAUUCUAUUAUGUUGUUCAGGGCCAUCUUUAAAAGGGACGUUAAUCACUAAAUACAUUAAUAAGCAUAGUAUUUGUUAUUCCCUGCCUCUCUAUCGUCAUACAUGCCACCAUGUUGAAAUCUGGUUUUCAAUGCAUUCUGGUGCUGACGUGAUUCCACAUAUGGAACAACUCUACUUCAGAUACCUGCAGUUCCAAAAUGGUAGCACCUAUACUUAGUGUUAAGUGAUCCUUCAAUUAUAUUUUAUUACUUGUAUAAAUGUAUAUUUUAAUUGGGUACAAGAAACAUGACAAGGAGGUUAACAAAUACCAUUGGAGGAUGAAGAAAUUAAAAAAAAAAAUACUGUUUAAACUCUGAGCAGUUAUAACAUUUUAGGCAUUUUACAAAGAAAAUGGCAAGUUUUAUGAGAGCAUUUCUUACAUUACUUUUUAAUUCAAGUGACAUUUAGGCAUUUUGCUAUUAAACCACUUUUACAAUUGUCCUGUAUUGUGGUAACAGACCUUCUGGGUCAGUGAGAACCAAUAAAACCAACUGGAUGGAGACAAUUGAUUACACAAAUACACUGCAAUAUAUUGGAAUUAAGGGACAUUUAAGUAUUUUUUCAUAUAUGCUUUAGAAAUUAAUAACAGGUUUCCCAAAGAUCUGCAAAUACAAUUUGUUUCUUACAAACAUUCAAAACUGUAAUGUUCUUUUUUUGUAGACCAGGGACACAACCAUUGGGAACACUCUUUAGUGUUGUAAAUCUUAUCUUCUUUGCUGUGACCAAUUAAGGACAGAUAUAAAAAAGCUCCCGCACAUAGCAUCCAAUCAAAAGGAAAACCAGGCAAAAUAAAAAUAAUAAUUAAUUAGUGUACAUAAUUAAACAUUUUUUUUGUUACUGUC